UCGACCCUCUGGCAUGGUGUUGACUUCUACUGCAUGUGUGUACAACGAUCUGGGCGCUAUGAACGAAUAACCACCUGACCGAGCGUGCUUUAAUGGAGUGAUGUCGACAUUUAAAUCACGUUUACCUCUUUCUAAGUUCAUUGUCAGUUAAACAAUGAAAAAGAUGGUACCUGGAAGUUGGAAAGUGGUGUGUGCUGCCUCUUGUGCAUAGCUGCAGUUUACGGGACAUUGUGAUCAUGGAUUUUAUUCUCCUUUCCGUGUAUAUCCUUACCAACAUCUGCAUCUCCCUGGGAGGGAUGACACCCAAGACUAUCAUUAUUGCAUCAGAAACAAGUCGAUGGAUUCACCAGUCAGGAACGCCUCCUUUGAAAGAUUAUCAUGGAUCACAAUAUACGUCAUCGCACAACAGAGCAUCACCGUAUAUAACUAUGACGUCAGUUCCGGUUCAGACGCCAUUCACCUCAUCCGUAUCAUCCUCAAUAUCUACCACGACUUCUACCUCGGCAAAUCAACCAAUCGUGCCAUCUACAACAUAUCACCAAGCAAGUGCAACAAAGGUGAUCUCUCCGAGGUAUUCAUAUAAUCAUACAAAUUUAAGGACAACAGAUCCCAUAAUCAGUGACUCAGCAUCAGAUUCGUCCACCCAUACAGCACCUGCAAUGCAAUUUUCAGACGUCGCACAAACCAAGCUCCACCUCCAAAGCUCCAUGGUUGCAGAGGAAUAUGGUAUGGAUACACUUGGCUCAAGUCAAGCUGCCAGUAGUGGAACUGUGAAUACCGAAACAAUGAAUAAUCUUUUCGAGACGUUCUUGGAAACUGUAGCAGACAGUUCGAAAGUAAAGAACCAUCAGACACAAAAGUCUACAUCUUCUGUAUCAACGUUUGACAUUUUAAGAGACUAUAACUUCACAGCUUCACAGAUAGCUGAUUGGUUUGAGUCUGGCAUCUCCAAGUCCAAGUCUAAAUCAAACACUACAUCAGCAUCAGAUAAUUCUGCCCAAACUGACAAAGACAUUAUUGAUCCCCAAAGUAAUUCUGCACAAAGGUCUUUGCAUACUUCUACAUACUCCAAAGGUAGUGAUGACAUGCCUGGAACUCCUUUGUCAUUACUCACAACCCCAACCAGCAUUAGUAACACGAUACAAAGUGCUGACAGUAGCAGAUACUCGUCCAGCGACUUUAUGUUCACAAAUGUCGCGAGCAUGGUCAAGAAAACCGAUUCUAUCAAAUAUUCAUCAGCGUCAGAUUUCUUAGUAACGUAUUCUCUUAUAAAUGUAUUCAAGGCGCAUUCAGAUGACGAGGGGGUCACACAAACGACCAAGGGAACCAAUUUAGCAAACACUACGUCUCUGUUAGGUAAUACAUCACUUUCCCAUACGACACAGAGAGAAAGUGUAUCGCAAACUAGUGAUUUGGACAAAAGUAAGGAGUCAUAUUUAGAAAGGGAUCUUCAAAAGUCUUUACAGUCACCCCUAUCGUCUUCAGCACCACCAUCUACAGAAAAUACAGAAGUUAUAAAGACACUAUCUCUUCGAUCACAAUUUAUGAGUGAAACAAGCAGCCAUAAAUUGAGUACGAAAUCAUAUGAGGAUCCUGAGGAGAGGCCUGGGGAACAGACACCUUCUGUAUCAGAGUUAAGUGAGAAUCAUGUCAGUGUUUCCAAAGUGCAGUCAGAAAAUGCCAGGUCAGCGUUUUCAUCCGAAACAGGGAGAAACAUGCUAUCAGUUACAUCCUCGAGAACUCUAUUUACUGAUGCAACGAGAACCCAGAGCUCAGAUAUUUCAUCUAUGUCUCAAACAAGUGGUGCUGGCUUUCCAAACAUCGUUACAGAUCUGCGCGCUUCCUUUCAGCCAGAUAAAGGUGAUUUACAAACUGGAUUACACAGUACAGACAGAACGACAAGGCUUUACAGGUCAUCAGCUGUAGAAGAAACAUCAUGGACAAGCUUACCGCUUGAGUCUUCUGGCACUUUUAUAUAUUCAUCCAGCAUGGCUCCUCCAAAAAUUUCUCAAAAUGUUUUGUCUACGAAUCCAAUAUUACUUUCGUCAGAGUUAAGUCCCUUUCUCGAAGUUCCAUCACCAUCUCAAUCACCAUUACUAUCCACAAGCAUCAAUAUAGAUCUUCCACUAUAUUUAGCUCCUCAGCGUGAUAGCUCCCUUUCAUCUCUGCUUAAAAACCUGGAUAGCCACUCCGUAUCACAACAAUUGCUAUCAGAGACCAGUAACAACAUCAGUAGCUCUGUUGGAGUCUCAGUCUCUCAAGAAGAUGCUUCUGUAAUUUCAAGCUCUGGGAGUGCUAUUGUAACGGAUUCAUGGAAUCAACCCGUUGUUAAAAUGAGUGAAAUUGCAUCAUAUUCCAGUGUGGGGAUCGUCAGUGACAUUAAACCAUCUGCCAGUAAUAAGAGAACAUUUGCUAGUACCCUGUUGAUUGAUUACAAAUCUAUUUCAGCGAGUGACAUGACAAGACAAUUAAGUAAUCAGCCUAUUGGUGACAAUGUCAUUUUUACACGUCCUAGUGUUACAUAUUCCAGUGAUCAGUCCGUUAAGAUGUCAAGUAACAUAGCUAUAUACCCCAGUCACCUGCCUGUCAGUGAUAUCAAAAUGACUGCAAAUGAAGUGGAAUCAUCUUCAAGUAUAGUACCCAGUGAUGUCAAUACAGUAUCAACAGUUGUUGUGACUACAUCUUCCAGUGAUCUGCCAAUCGAAAUCAGUACAACGACUGCAAGGACUUUCGAAGGUUAUUCCAGUAAUCCACUAGUCAGUGACAUCACAGUGUCGUCAUUGGUAGCACAAUUACUUGCACCCACUUCAAUGGAAAUGCAUUCAUCUGAAUUACAUUCUAAAUCAAAUGCUGAACCAUUCUUGCAAAUGCCAUCUAUUUCCAUAAACAUCAAGACAAAACAUUCCAAGAAGAAAGGUAGCAGUGGGGACAUUCACAAAGAUUCCCCUUCAGCUGUGUCUACAGCACACGGACACAGCACAACCUUUAUAAGGAAAGAAGAUACUCUUCAAACAAGUGUCAAUCCAUCAGUAGGUACCAUGCAUAACAGCAUGUCUGCACCCGAUUACACAGAGUCACGCAAUGCUGCUGCUAAGUAUAUCAAGUCAAGCUCAAGUGCAACAACACCUAAUGAUUACAGUUCGACGGACACGGGAAUAGAUACAGUGGGUUCCAGUCUAGCUGACUCCAGACUUUCAGGGCACCAGUCAAAUGGAAUUGAUCCCUUUCGCGCAACUACUACUUUCACUGACAAUACUGACCCCAGUGCAACAGCCCCUCUGGAUGCUGACAUCAUAGUCCCAUAUGCUGCCACUACUAGAACUGACAAUACUGGCCACAGUGCAACAGCCCCUCGUGAUGCUGACAUCAUCGUCCCAUAUGCUGCGACAAUGAGGUACGCGCCAAUCAGUAGAAAUGAGUAUAUCCUUGGUGCAGAAAGUUCGUCUUUUUAUACAUCAUCGCCUGUGGAAGAUUAUCAAUCACUAAAGGCUCAGAUUACCAAAUCGAGCCGAACCAUUGAGGAUGCUGAUGUUACGUUAUAUUCAAUUGUUGAUUCAUCACACAACGUAAAACCCCAACCAGCCGUGACAGGAUCUCAAGCCAGUAUGUGGCCUGCAAUAUCUGACAGUGCAAUUCCUAAACAGCCAGCUACUCAGUGGCUAUCUUAUGUCAAUUCUGUCGGAUCCAGCGGAGGUGGUGACCCGACCGUACACGAAAUAUACAGACUGACAUCUGAUAUCGGUAUGGAUGUGUUGGAUACCCAACAGCCGUCUUCCAUCUAUCAACAUACAGAUCAACCUGAAUCAACCCAAUUCUACCCAGAGGGAAUGGCAGGUGAAUCCAUUAAUUCAGCAUUGCCUAAUAUAGGAAUGCAAUCUCAUAGUGGUUCCAUACCAUUAUCGACAUCACUCAACCAAGGCUCCUCCAAAACUACUGCAUCUGUGAAAUCCAAUGCUGACCUUCUCAUGUCUACAGAUAUGAUUGUUAGUAAUUCAGACAUGGACCAAAUCAUGGAACAAUCGUUGAUUCUAACAGUUAAACACGUUGCAGACAAGAAGGAACCUUUGAGUUCAGAUGCUAUUUCCGCAACAGUAACAAUAGAUUCAGAAGUAUCUCAAUUCCAAAGCAGAUCUGACAUGGCUUCACUGUUGCCAGAGGGCUUACCUUAUGAAAGCGCUUCACCAGGUACCACUGGAUAUCAUGACCAAGACUUUGGUUCGCGUCUCUAUACUGAGAGUUACCGAAUUACGUCAUCUUCUGCUUUGGUGUUAGGUCAACCUCAGCACAGCACAUCUUCAGGCCAUAUCAGAAGUACGACUCCUCUUCUCCACACAAGCAAAAUUCUUGAGCCAAUUGCUACUUCAUCGCAAUAUAUUAAUUCAAUUUCAGACACCUUCUUAAAGGAACAUCCUUCCUCACAGAUUAGUUAUGAUGCCAUUGAUACACCGGAAUCCUUAGGAUCUAAUGUUGAAAGCAGUGAUGUGCAAAUUUUCACAACUGUAAUGGAAAGAGAGAUUCUCUCCACAAAGGAUUUGUCUAUAUACACACCACAUGCUUCCUCAUUACCAAUAAGGCCCACACAAAGUAUCAGAGGGACUCAACUAUUGUCAGAAAUGAGCAGCAACAAAUUAACCUCAACAAUUAUGAAGUCAAUAUUUCCAACAACAUCAACAUUAAUGACAUCAUCAGCUAACCCACAACCAACUGUUGGUAAUCCCACACAAGACCCUGAAACAGAAUCACGAGAAAGUGACUUUAUCCUAAAGUGGGUGUUCGAUCCCAAGGGAGAAGAUGUAACCUCUGCAGAAUUCCUGGCUAAAGUAGUAAAAGGUCUUGAGCUGUCAUACGAAAAGGGGUUAAAGCGUCAAGUGAAUGUUAGGUUGCGAAGAGACACAGUAAGCACAAGUAACGUCAAUGUACAGAUAAAGAGUACCAAACCUCGGUCGGACGGUAGUAUGGAGAUGGAGUUCACAGUCAUCAGAAAUGGACAAAAGGUUCUUGCCAAGGAUGCAGAAGUUACCUUCAACAAAAUAUCCUCAGAAGAACUCAAUCAUUAUACUGGAGUGAAGAGUCUUGGUAUGAUGGGGUUAACAUCACUGCAACAAGAACAAGUCUUAGUUAAUGAUCUCUCUGCCUCUGGCAAAGAGGCCCAGCGAAAAAGUAACAUUAACUCAAACACUAAUGAUGUUCCACAGCCUGGCACUUCUGCAAGGGAUGCGAUGGCGACUGUGGAAACAAAGGACAGUCGUGGAGAUGUAUUAAUCCAGUCAAAGACUACUGAGAUGCCGGAGAGAAGUCCUAGUGCAAAGCUUAUAAGCAUGGUUGCUGCAGCACAUGCUACAACUGACACACAAGUCAGUGGUCAUGUCAUGACAUCUAUAGAUAAAUAUCAAAGAUCUGUAUCCAGUGCCUUGUCAAAUGAUGUCAUAAUAGAAAUGGUAAUCAUAUCCAAUCAAAGGCAGCCUGAGUUCUCAAAAGAAAUGCAGUUAGUAUCAUCAACUGAUAUUAAUAAUGGAUUCCAACAGAAGAGCAUGGAGUCUAGUUUAUCCACUACCAGGCAUAUUCACUCAAGUGUAACUCUGAGUGAAAGUUCAUUGAUGUCUGAGGAUACAACAUAUUAUUCCGUUUUAGAGCAAGUCACAACACCACUUGGAUCAGAAUUGCGACCAUCUUCUGGAGAACCUUCCCAAUCUUUAGAUCAUGAUCACCAGGCUACAGUGUUUACACCUCUAGAAACCGAGAGACACACAAGCUUCCCUAAUGCUGUUGCUGCUUGGGAUGACAAUCUGGUCACAACGUUUGAUAAUGAAAGAUUACCGUCCACUCCCCUCUACAAUGAAUCACCCUUGUCAGGGAUAGAUGAAUCAAUGACCCCAGAUGCGACAGUAAACGAACUGAUUCCUAAAAACAUCUCACUAACCAGUACUGAGCUAUUUCUUACAUUGGCCACAAAUGAUCCUCAACUGUCUUCUGAUACAGCUAGUGUCAGAUCAUCUUACGAGCUAUCAUUUUCAUCGUCACUUAAUCACAAGUCUGCCACAGCAUUUAUCCAAGCAACACCAAAGAUGACAUCAUCCCAUAGGGUGCCGUUGAAGCCAAUAACAUAUCUAUCAUCCAGUGUUUUAGACUCCCAGAAUUAUAUACUGAAAUCUGCAUCCUCGUUGGCAACCCAAUACUCUGAAGAAACGUCUCCCUCAGACAUGAUUGAUGCUUUCCCAUCAUUUUCAACUGGCAUGGAUGCUUUUGCGUCAUCAACAGGUAAAGUGUCGCUGUCUAUCAACGUCGGAAUGAGCUCCAAGAUCAAGUCUGACCACAUAGUAACAGAGAAUCAGACAGAGACGUUAUCCUCGUCCAUGUCUUCUGAUUAUGGAUUUGACACAUUAUUUGACGCCUCUGGGCAUAAGUUGGAGACAUUUGUAUCUCAUACAUCCUCUUCCACAUAUAUGAAUAUAACACGGUUCUCUCCAGCAAACAGAAGCAAUGCAACGAGAACGGAUUCAUCUUCACCAGGACAGCAAUCGCCUUUCGAUACAAGGACGGACUCUGAAGACAUGUCUUCAUUUCCAUCCGUGUUUGAAGAUUUAUUUAGUGCUGACUCGUCAAACGUUGCAAUAUCAUCUUCCGUCACUGGUGUAACUCCUACAUAUGAGAUGGGUGAAUCAGCAUUAAACUCAUUGAGUGAAUCAGUAGCAAACGCAUUAGAACCAGACACGUUGCAGUUUUCAUCAAAUGAUGUCCUCGCAUCUUAUUCUACAGGUCUAGCUAUAAAUCCAACAUCAGGUGCAUUUACGAAUGAAUGGAGUUCAAGAACAGGAUCUAUAGACUCAAAUAUACAUGGAACAGAAACCAUGCAUAUUACUGGAACCAUGUUGCCUUCAAGUCGACUGAAAUUCUCUAUGAAAGCUUCCAUGUUGUCUCCAGUAGACUCUCAGCGCACACUUUCACAGAUGUCAUCGAGUAUGUACACUGAUGACGCUGCAUCUGUCUCAGUCAUAGCAUCAAUGUCACAAGGAACAGCUUCAUUGCAAAAAGAAACAUCAUCAACUUCACGUAUAUUCGUUGAUGCCUUUAGCUUAAUUACAGCACCAACUCCAGUUGAGACAGCUUUCUCUACACCAGUCAGUAGCACAAAAGGUGCUAUUCCCAGUACUGUAUCAUCACCUCCUGAUUUGAAGAUCUCACUAUCAAGCAAGCCAAACAUUCUAUUACAUUCCACUUCAUCAUCCGAAGAAUCGUCUCCGAUAUUACCCCUUGAAACAUAUCGAGUAUCAAGUGUGGAUGUAUCAGAACCACCGCCCAUCCUGUUGUCUGGUGAAGAAGAGUCAUCUGGGUAUAUCAUAUCCUCUAAAUCUUUCACACAUGUACCAAUGACAACCUCGCGUGCAACUCCCACAAUAUAUGGAACGAAUGUCAGAUAUUCCUCGUUUCAAAAGUUGUCAUCAAUAACGUCUGCAGUGUCUAGUUUACCAGCCAUGGAUUCCGUAACAGAUAUCUCAUCUUUUGAAUCCUCAAUAAUGUCGAUCAUGUCGUCUACCAAAACAAUGACUUCUUCCUCAGUGUGGACAGUGUUAUCGGUAUCUACUUCACCUUUAACAAACACUAAAAUAUUUCCCUCUUUGUCAACACUGGCCCUGUCCACUGAGGAGUCAUCAUCUAUAUCUACAAUAUCCUCGUCUACUGAAGGGUCAUCGCCUAUAUCUACAACGUUCCCAUCUACAGAAGGGUCUCCGUCUUUAUCUGCAAUGACCCCGUCUACUGAGGCGUCAUCGUCUUUGUCAACAAUAUCCCUGUCUACUGAAAGGUCAUCGUCUUUAUCAACAAUAUCCCUGUCUACUGAAAGGUCAUCGCCUAUAUCUACAACGUUCCCAUCUACAGAAGGGUCUCCGUCUUUAUCUGCAAUGACCCCGUCUACUGAGGCGUCAUCGUCUUUGUCAACAAUAUCCCUGUCUGCUGAAAGGUCAUCGUCUUUAUCAACAAUAUCCCUGUCUACUGAAAGGUCAUCGUCUUUGUCAACAAUAUCCCUGUCUACUGAAAGGUCAUCGCCUAUAUCUACAACGUUCCCAUCUACAGAAGGGUCUCCGUCUUUAUCUGCAAUGACCCCGUCUACUGAGGCGUCCUCGUCUUUGUCAACAAUAUCCCUGUCUGCUGAGGAGUCAUCGUCUUUAUCAACAAUAUCCCUGUCUACCGAAGAAUCAUCGUCUUUAUUUACAAUGUCCCCGUCCUCUGAGAAGUCAUCGUCUCCUACAUUUCUCCUGUCUCGUGAAGGAUCUUUAGUUUCAUCUCCAGCGCUACUCUCUACAGAAAGGUCAUCAUCCACAACAAUCUUUCUACCUCCAUCUCGAACACCUUAUUAUGAACAUUCUUCAUCAAUGUCAACAAACUCGGACAUUAAUUCCUCUCCUGUGUAUCCAACAGUGACUUUAUAUUCACACGAGUUGACACAAUCGUCAUCUACAGCAACACUUCGACCUACAAAGGCCUCAUCUGCCUUAGAAGCAUCACUUUCUGAACAUAACACGGGUUCACAGCCCUCGUCUAAAUCAGUUCUUCCUUCGAUUCUGAUUGCAAUAUCUUCAUGGCCUUCAUCUCCAGGAGGUCCUUCAGCUUCAGCCACAACAGCUCUUCCAAUCAACCCAUCAACUCCAGAAAUGAUUUCAGCUCCAACCACAACAGCUCCUCCCAUCAACCCAUCAACUCCAGAAAACAUAUCACCUACAAUAACAACAGCUCUUCCCAUCAAUCCAUCAACUCCAGGAGAAACUGUAGUUUCAGCCACAGCUCUUCCUAUCAAAUCAUCAACUCCGGGAAAACCUUCAGUUUUACCCACAAGUCACCCCGUCAACCCAUCAACUCCAGGGCUUUCAGUUUUAGCCACAACAACUCUUCAACUAAACUCAUCAUCUACAGGAGAAACUUUGGUUUUAGCCACAACAGCUCUUCCCAUCAACCCAUCAACUACAGGGGGACGUUCAACUUUCGCCACAACAACUCUUUUCAUUAACCCACCAUCUUCAAGAGAACCUUUCACUUCAACCACAAUAACCCUUUCCACCAACCCAUCUUCAUCGCCACCAACAAUUCCUACAUCUGAGCCAACCAUGUCUACAAUGCCAAGUUCGGUUCAACAACCAGACCCUGAAUCUUCAACCAUCCCUGUUUUCUCUACCGCUCACCCUGACUCAUCUUCACCACCCCCCACAACUACUCGUCCUGCAAACGGCCCCCCUGUUGAUACAUUGAUGCUGCUAAUUAUGAACAUAGGCCUUGAUGUCAACAUAUCGAGCACACAGUUCAGCCGCCAGCUGGAGAAAGAUCUGGCCGAGUUGUAUGAAACUGCCCUCAAACAGCGGAGAAGACGAGAUGUUACAGAGCGGCUGGACAGAUACAGGCGUCAGAGUGGCGUUAACGCUCAGGUGGUUUCGAAUGAAAGAGAUCCGGGUGAUGAUUUCAAGGUGACGACGACGUUUGCCGUGAGUGAUGGUGGCGACUUCGUGACGGCCGACGUCGCUGUCCCCGUCUACAACAGGAUGUCCCAAGAACAGAUCUCUACCGCUCUCGCCCAUUCCGUGCUUGAGCCAAUCACGGCCGCCCAGACAUCUAGUAGACCCCAACUUGAAGACAAGAAUGACACUAGCUACAUUUUGAUCCUCUGCAUCGUGAUUCCUGUAACGCUACUGAUCCUUGCCGUCUUGUUCCUUGUUACCCGGAUGAGGCGAAGACGAAGGGCUAACGCAGUUGGGGACCUCCCGCCUCGAUAUCAGAGAGGAGAAACCCUUGAGGAUCACAAUCUAACGGUUGACGUCGAAAAGGGGGAAAUUGUGGACAAGACCCCAGCCAGCACUCCAUGCCUUACCCCCCGGUCGAACUCCUCCACCUCGAAGAAGGUGCCCUUGCUGGGUGGUGUGUGUGUGCUGCCCGGUGUUGGCGAUGGGGACGGACUGCGGAGGCAGGACUCGGACAAGUACCGGGAACUCACGGAGACGGACUACUCCGAGCAAGUGCUCCUGGCCGACCAGGAGAAGGGCUCACACAGAAGCCUCAUCCUCAGAGAGAAGGAACUCCUGGAGAAGCUUGGGGUUCAUGAAAUUCAGAAGGAAGUAGAUUCCUGUGAUGAACAAACCUUGGAACUACCCCGGAGAACCAGAUCCAAAAAGGGGAAAGGGAAGGCUGCGUCCUCCCAGUAUAACACCGUGGGAAGUGAAUGUCCUCUUCUCCCUUCGUCCGGUUCCAUGACAACGGUCAGCUCUAUUGACAGUGGUGACCACACCGAUGCAUCUGACGAAUUCACUGUUAUUAUACCAAAGACAAAAUCUCCUAAGAUUGACGCCAAAAACCAAAAGGAAUCUAUCUCUACUCAAGGUUCGGCAUCAGAUGAUGCAGCUGCUUCUAUGACUAAAGUUUCGGAAUUUCUGUCAACGUCUGUGGUACAGGCUUCAGAAGCUGAGCCGUUGAACGUCUGUCCUGAGACGCGUUCCGUGGACACACAGACAUCAAAGGAUGCCAGCCUCACGAGUGACACUGAUAGUAGCCCGGAUGAGAAAGGAGAGACAUCGAAGAUGAGAGACAAUCAAGGAUGUCAACCUGGAACAGAGUCCAAGCAGGUUCAAACGCCGUGGGUACAUAAAAUACGUGAGACACAUGACAUCUUCAUUGAUGACGACGAUCUCAGCUGUCCAAACUCCCCCGUCAACACUCGGCUCAGCAUCAGUGCCGGGUCUGGAGAAACAUCCAAGUUCAUCUUUCCCGAGACGCUGACUAUACAUAAGCGUGAAGAGGAAGCCAGGCGUGCCCAGGCCCAGCAGCUGAUGGUGGAGGCGGUGCAGCAGAGGAGGAACCUGACAGAACACGCCGAACAGGACCUUAACUCUCCCUCCAUCAGUUCGCUGGAGUCUGACAGUGACGUGACCAUCAACUCAGAUCAGCUUUCUCUGGAAGACGAUAGUCUAGAGGACGCCAUUCUAGCUCUGGGUCCGUUACAAAUAGCCCAACAAACGGAGAUGACAACAACGUGGAGUAGGAAAUCUAGUGGCGUUACAUACGUUGGUAGUGAAUCUGGUGAAUCAUCUAAAGAAUACAGGCAGAUUUAUCCCGCACAAGGCUGUGUUAUAGACGCCGAUCAUGUUGUGGAAUCAUCGCAGCCUGAACCGAGGACUAGUGCACACAAGUACACUCACGAUAGUUCAUCGAAACACUCACACGCAGCACAUAUAGAACAGGAAGCAAUAUCUGAAGAGGAAGAAGCUGUGAGGAAGACAGAGGAGACCACACAACGAGCUCAACAACUUCUGAAUCAGACUCAUGCACUUGGAUUCGCUCUUGCCCCAAUUGGGGAAGCGCAAUCAGACUUUACUUCGGCUUUGAUGGAACGUAUAAGGGAAGAAGUAAAGAACUCUGGGACAUCUGUUUCUGGUUCCAAGCCUUCUAGUUCAAAGAAUCCUGAAAUGCCUGUUCCGCGACCUCGUAUGGGUCAUUCAGGAGGUUCCUCUGGCAAACACAAGCAUGAUUACCCAAAGCCAUCAGAGCCACCCGUACCACGUGGUCCAGGUUCCUCUCGGGCUGCUCCCAGAUCUUCCAGAGCACGAACUAGUGACAGCACGGCAGCAUUGUUGGAACGUGUGAGGGGGGAGCUUCAAAGAUUGGACUCUUCACAGUCGGACAGUGACUCCGAAGCAGCUGACGAUGUGCCUUCAAAGAUGCCGAAGCAUCAAACCCGUCGCUUAUAGUGCCAUCCUUACUCGCAAGAUGGUGUCCAUUACGCAGUCUUUCAAUUCAUCUGUAUAUAUUCAUUUAAAUGUGUGUCAUGUUUUCCGGAUCAGUGUAUACAGAAUAAUCAUAUUCCGUUGCCAUGACAAUCAGACUUGAUAUAAAAGGAAAAAAUGGACCUUUGUGUGACUUAUGUGUGUUUUUUAACAUUUCCUUUGAUGAAUCAUAUUCUGUCUUUCUGAAGUGGUCAUUUUAUGUAUGGGCUACCAGGCCGGUUACAUUCCCGAUACAAAUGUUGGACAAUGGGGAAUAGUACAGUGCGUGUUGGCCAUUGUCACGUUAAAGAAUGCAUGUCUCGCGUAACAGUGACUGGUGAUAAAUGAACUCUGAAUUAAUGAACACGUUCCGAAUUAUGUUCGGUGAUGAUGUGUGUGAAUAAGGUGUGAUGGUGUUCUCGUUCAAGUGGCAAGUCAAGCAACUAUACUGACCGAAAGCUGAUGUGUGACGUUGCAGUGUAUUACUACUAAUAUAUAUAUACUUUAUAAGGUACAAGGUCGACAUUAUGCGGUUAUUACAACCAAACAGGGUCUCUUAAAGUGCCAACAAAAAAUCUAUCUGUUUUCAUAUUGCAUUGAGACAGUGUAUCAAGUGUUACAUCUCGGCUUCAUGCAAAGAACGAAACACUUCCAGUUACCUGAAGCCACUGCCAUAUGCCUAUUGUUGCUGCUCUUAUAACACGUAUACACAUGACCAGAGCUUUAACAUUAUUUAUCAACAAGCCGUAACAGGGCUGUAGACCUGCAAAGCUGUAAACCUGACGUGUUGUUUCCGGUUGGAAAGGACCACUUAGAAACUUGACCAAUGAAAUACAUUGUGUGAUAAAUAAAUAUAUUAUAUUACGUUGUAAAUAACAUAUCUUGUGUGAUAAACAUGAAUUAUUUAUUUUGUCACAAAUGCAUUUGAUAAAGAACAAUAAACUAUUUUUCGAAAUGA